UGUCGCUACAGCUGAUGAAAUUUAUUUAAAGCCUUAUUAAACAAAUUGCAUUUUUAUUCCUUUUUUUAAAUAAAAAUAUAAAACUAAUCACAUAAAUAAUUAAUAAAAAAUGACUUUAGUACUUAAAGUUGAUUGCCGGGCCUGUAAUCGAGAAUGUGGUGAUUACAAACAUUUACUGGACGAGACGGUUAUUGAUGAUGAAUCAACCACACUGGCUGCUUUACUACACUAUUGUACCACAUUGGAGUGCUUUGGAGAAAAUCAUGAGAAUGGCAUGCCUGAACACAUCUGCAAUAGCUGUGUGGAACACUUAUUGCAAUCUUAUCUAUUUAAGGAAAUGGUUUUGCAAAAUGACCGAGCAUAUAGAGAACGUUUACAAGCGGUGGCACAAGCUCAACCAACAAAGGAAGAAGUUAUUGAUACAGUUAUUGAGGAGGAAGUACAGAUUGUUGAACAAGAGAUCGAUGUUGGGGGAGUGGAGGAGAAUGUAGAAAAUAACGAUGAAUAUAUUUCAGAAACUGGCGAAGUUAUAGAAGUUAAUAAUGUGGAAUAUGAAUAUGAAGAAUGGCUAGAAAUAGAUGAAUCUGAUACAGAAAAUACUAAAGGAGCGGCAGAGGAUUCGAGAAGUAGUAACUGUCGUGAAAAUGAAGAAAGUAAUAGUGAAGAAAUAUUGGUUAAAAAUGAAGCAGACGAUGAGAAUAGUGAAUAUAUUUUAAGCACUGUUAAUGAUAGUGAAGCAGGCGAGGAGGAACUAAAAGGAUUUGAUAAUUCUAAGGAAAUGGAAGAGAAAGAUGACAAUUGUGAAGUAGAGACACUAGAAGAAGACUCAAAGGGAAAGGAUGCAAAAAAGAUUGUUAAAAGAAAAUCGUUAAAGGGAAAUACAUUAACGGAAGCCGAUUUAACAUGUCAAUACUGUGGUAAAGUUUUUGAUAAAAUGUGUCGUUUACGAGAGCAUAGCUAUGUGCAUACCGGUGAAAAACCUCACGUAUGUAAAAUCUGUGGCAAAAAAUCUCGAACGAAAACCCAUUACAAUGUACACAUGCUAACGCACAGCGAUGAAAAACGUUAUAAAUGUUCCAUAUGUGGUCAACAUUAUCGUACUUCGACCAGUCUGCGAGUACAUGAACGUAAACAUAGUAACAUACGCCCUUAUGCGUGUGAAUUAUGUGAUAAAUCUUUUCAUACAGCCGAGCAACGGAAAUUACAUUUUAUGUUGCAUACGGGAGAAAGGCCAUAUAUUUGCGGUACUUGUGGUAAAUCAUAUCGUGAAAGUCAUUCCCUAAAAGUACACAUGAUGACACACGAAGAUGUAAAACCUUAUCAGUGUGAAGUUUGUGGCAAAGGCUUAACACAAAUGUCUGGAUAUAGACGUCAUAUGCUCUUACACACCAAUGAAUAUCCCUAUAAAUGUGAUAUAUGUGGACGACCUUUCCGUAUUUCAAGUAAUUUAGCUGCCCAUAAACGUCUACAUUUAGAUGUACUGCCGUAUCAGUGUACAAAAUGUGAAAAAGCUUUUAAUAACUCAACUCGUCUGAGACGUCAUAUGGCACAACAUGAGCCAAAGGAAGAAGUUUUUAAACCUCGUAAGCCACGACAAGAUACGAUUAUUGUUGAAUCCAGAGUAGCCAAAUCAAAUGUAGUUGAGAUUAUUUAGAAAAUAAAAUUUUUAGCAUAUUUCUAUUCUAUUGUUUUGUAUGAUAAGAUACUGUGUAUUAAUAUCAGAGUUUCAUUGUUUUUAAUACAAAAUCGAAUUUCUUGUCAAAAUG